AUGAACGUGUUUAAAUCAUGUCUGAAUCUUGACAAUAUGAAUUCAAAAAAUAAUAACGAUGAGGACCCCAAUACUGAUGAUCAUAUACCCAUCGCUGUCCAAAUAUUCCUAUGGAGGCAAACAACACCCUUUAUGCGACCGAGAUUCGGAAAAGUACACGAUUCUACGUGCAUGUUCUGUCAACGAGCUCCAGGACAUCACGAAUUAAAAGAAGCUUGUAAGUCAUUUGAAAAAGUGUUAGUACAAAAUCUUCGUUUUGGUCUAACUCCAAGUCUCACUGAAGCAAUUGAAACUAUACCAAGAUGGAGAUUGAUACAAGCUUCAUUACCACAUGUGAUGCAUGCACUGGCUGGUCUUCUUCAUACCAGAGUAAAAGACAAUAUGCAAACCCUAGGAAAUGUGGAGACCAAACUUCUUUAUACCUUACACUGGAUCUUACUUGAUGCAUCAGAUGAGUGUGCCGAUAAUGAUUAUGAAAAUGAAAAAUUUUAUACCGACCCCUUCCAUUACUUAUUUUCUAUACCAGCCAUGACACUGUUUGUCUUCCUAUUUGCUCCUUUAUCCCAUCACCUAAAAGAGUCGGAUUUCACAAAUAACUACCGUUUGGAAAAUGGUCUUAAGUUGUGGCAGGCCAUGUGGGAAUUCCGACAUCCAGAUGCACCAUGCUUCACUAUGUUGGUGAAACCAAAGCCUCAACCAUUCGGUGGACAGUUUUUUAGACGAAAUCAACAUGGAGAUGUCUUUAUGGGUCGGAAGUUUUCCAAGGAGGAGAGUAUAGUGAAUGGCAGCCCUCCGAGUCAGCAUAUUUCCAUAGUACACUCAGAGGCUCCAUCCAAGCAGGCAAGCACUGAAGAUGAGCCGUGGCUGUCUUCACCAAAGGACACGAUCUUCCCUGAAACUAUACCCGAGGAAAGCUCAAGUACUGAAGAAGAACAUGUGUUUAUAUACCGUCUUCCCUCGGAACAAAACUUCGGUGGUAGCAACAAGGGCUCCUACACAGUGUACGCCGCUGAUCCAAGCAUAUUCCAACGGAAACCCGAUACUAGCAAACCAACGCUACCCGGCAUCAAACCUUUACCGCAGAUAACUAAAAUGAGUUCAUCAGACAAAGAUUCUCUUACGGAUAGCGGUGGCCCGUGUAUCAAACCUUUCCCCAGUACUUCAGAAAAACCAACAUGCAGUAAACAAAUACAACACGUCGCUUCUGCGACGUUUUUGGACGUAGCGACCUUGCGUUGUCUGUUUGCAUCACAAUGGCAAGAAGAGGGAGUGUAUUGGGCGUUACAUUAUCUCUAUAAUCGUUUACGAGAUAUUUGUGAUGACAUGUCCAAACAAGUUCAGCCGAGGAAGAGAAGCAACUCCUUACCGAUACCCAAAAUAGAAGUAUCGAUCUAUCAAAGCCCGGAAAUAAAGGAAAGAGAUUCCUUGAAAAAUUUCAUAGAAAUACCAGAAGUCAAGGAUAUAUCUGUUGUGACGGAAGUACAAAUAGUAAAUUUACCUAAAAUCGAGGAAGACGGCCUGAUGACUAGAAGAGCUAGCGAGAAAGUGAAACGCAAAAUGAAAAUGGCUGAUCUAAAAGCCUUUGUUGAGACAAAGUUGUUGUCCAAAUCCGAGAAAGCCUUGGAAAAGAUUGGUCAAGACGACCAUAAAUUUAGUUUUCAUACUGCAGUAAGAAUGAUAUCUGAAUACCAUCGUAGUUUGGACAACGCCGAUGAUAGGCCUAAUUCAGCUCUGGCCAGUAAUUUUUCGCCUUUGGCUCCAAGAUUUACUGGAGAAUUACUACCCUGCAAUCUUAUUAAAGGAAAAAGUAUGCCAAGUCUUAGAUACAUCGGUGAGAUUAAAACGGAACGAGCUAGAGGUGCUUCAACCUCGAAGCCAACGAACAUACAGAAAAAGAAGAAUCCAAUCAUAACAGUGACUGAACACACGCCAACGCCAUCUCCCGAUUAUCUUUCUAAAACCGGACAAGGUUCUAUUGAAUCGCAAAUAGAUUCAAUCAGUAUACAAGGUUCACAACACAUCCCUACACCGGAGCGAAAACCGAGUCUCACUCGAUCGCAAACUGAUUCGAAUAUCACGUACAUAGUAGAGGACGUCCAGGAAGCAGCGGGUUCUACGCAUUACAUUACCAAGGAAGGAGAUAUUAACUUCCAAGUUGUGCUUAAAGCGGUAUAUUCAGUAUCGACCAUGGAUAGUUUCUACAUAACCAUAAGAGUGAUGGAAGUCAUGUUAAAUCUGGUCGAUACUUUAAUUGAAAUUGAAGUCCACAAAAAUUGGAAAACGAAUCCAGAACAAUCUCAACCGGAGAUGGUAGAUCCAAUCGCUGAAUUUCACAAAGAAAAGGAGGGCAAGGAACGAGAUUCAGGCAUUCCUCCAGCCCAGAGUCAAGAAUCAACGAAUAUUGAUGCUGAGAGUAAGGAAAAGAUAAAGAGAGAUGAUAAUUAUGACUGCCCUUACUAUAUGAUUAUGUAUAUUCUUCUAAGAUUAUUACGUCAGCUAGGCUGUUCUCAUGGUUGUACGUCAGCACUAAGAGGUCCUCAAGCAGAAUGUCUUCGGGUACAAGCACGGAACUCAUUGAAACAGCUAAGAACGGCAUCGGUUACUAAGUUCACGCUUAGACUAAAAGAAAUGACGAAGUUCGCUCCCAUUAGAGAAGUAUUGGACAACCUCCACGCGACCUUAGGCUACUGUGUUGAACCGGCCAAUAUGGUUUCUCCCAUGAAUCAACAGAAAAGAAACUUCGUUAAAUCCCCGGAUAUAAGUCAUUUACAAGCCGGUUAUGCCACGAAUUUCGGUGCUGGCCACGGUUCUAACGCUAAUCGAUCUAUUGAGAAUUUUAUAGUGGAGUCUACGUUCAGGGUUCUUGUGACUAGAUUUGCAUUGAUGCAUAAGGAUUUGAAACUCUUGGACAAUUCGAAUCUAUACGCAGAAGUCCGUCUAUUACUAAGUUAUGUAAGGGAAGCUCACGGAGGUCAAUUUCGAUUGGUGGCGUUCAGCGGGUUGUUGGAUACUGCUGAGAAACCGGGUACACAACCAAAGGAAACCAAUAUGCAAACAACCAGGGUUAUCAGACAUGUCCCUCGUGCUGAUGAAGAACGACCAGCUGAACCUGAGCCCGUAUACACAGAAGACAAAUCUCACAAGAAGUUCACAUUCAAGAAACGUAGUACUUCAUCGACUGGAGCCCAUAGUCUUCUAGAAACAGAAGGAGGCGAAGAAUCUUCUAGUCAAAGUCCGCUAUCAGUUCGAACUAGAAGAUAUCAGCUGACUCCUAGACAGUCUGAACGGACGAUACCAUCUGCCUCCUCCACCGAUAUCACCCCCCACCACAAAAUAACACACUCCAAGUCAUUAAACUCCAAAUUUCAUAUUAGCGGCAUUGUGAAAUGGUUCCGUCAGAAGCCCCAUCCUCAACCAUUGGUUCGUAACGGCGCGGGGUCAGGAGAGUCGCUGCCUAUAUCUGGUAGUAUGGCGUCGUUAGCGCGACAUCACGCGCAGCCUGUAUCACGACCGGUUCAUGUUAAACGAAGAGUCGGAUAUACACUUAAUAGGGCGAGAAAACGAGUAGAGGACAGAUUAAAUAGAUUCGGUCUGAGGAAAAUGGGCAAGAAAAGAGACGGUAGUAUAGAAGAGACCAGCGGUGGAUACAUGUCCCGUCGCGGUUCAGCCGAAGGUGGUUCAGGUGGCGGUGAAUCCGAAGUGGUUGUAUUAAAGCGUCGUCGCCUUGUAUCAGCGGCUCCACUAUACGCUGGUCUUGCGAGAUUUAGUUUUAUGUUGGACGCCACUCAACCGGGAAAUACCCCUGAUGCUUUGUUCAUGGCAGCGCUAUUGGAUCUUCCACACACAGUCGUCGUCGGUCGAGCGGCCAUAUUACUGGAAUGCGCACAUUUAGUUCAUAAUUGCAAUAAAGGCCAGUGGCCCUAUUGGCUUAAAUCAAAUAUGGCUAAGAAUCCAUUGUCCUCAGGUCCGCUACAACUGAGACGACAACGUUUAGCUGGAAAACUAUUCUAUCAAUGGGCAGAGGCUAUAGGCAAUAGACUUGAUGAUAUGCUGAAUGAGGAUAAGAAACACAUAGAGACGGUUGUUAACUUAGUGAACGACCCUGACGGCCAGCGGGAACUGUUACAACAGGAUGAAGAGGAAGACUUCUUGGAUGAGGCCAGUAUCCGUCUUCCCGGUAAAACGAUUGGCGCGGAAUGUCCUCGAGCUCUCAGAAUAGUCGCUUGUAUGUUACUGUUUGAAAUCACCGCCUUCUUGAGGGAGACGUAUCAAAACCUUCCAAAAUCCUGUCGUUCAUCGUUAAAGGAAAGGGGACCUUGGGACCGUGUCUACAGAGAGGCAAAUCGUCGGUGGAGUAUGGCUUUAUCGAGUAUGGGACAUUCGCAAGCCUCAGCUCAAAGCUUACAGUCAAUAGCCGGCGCUGAAACAGAGAGGAAAAUAUCAUUCGUACUUCACGAACCAGAGAACGUAUCCGGUGGUAGUAACGUUACGCUACCAGAAGUGAUACCAAGCGCUGAUGAUAAGAAGUCCCGUCUUGGCUCACGGGCGAAGGGCAUCGCUCGCCGGAACACACAGCAACACGCUGCGUACGGAUCAUUCAAACGAAGAUCAAUAAAACUGAGGCAGAAAGAUUCCAGAGAUGUUGAUGAAUUCGUGACGCGAAGAUCUGAUUCAAUACAGAGCAGAAGAAAGGUAUCUUCUUUAUCUGAUAGGAGUGAUACGUCUGAAAUUUAUCCAGGAACAGGAGGUACGGUAAUAAUGCCAAACGAAGUGGACAGUGGUGGUGAGGAGAGUCCAGGUGUAUUAUCAGACGACCACGACCAUCCUCCUGACAGCCCUGACAGUAACUCCACAGAUCCACCGUUAACUAACAAAGGCUUCCCGUGGCUCAAGGUCAUUGUAAAGUUCCUGAAUUCGUUCAACUACGUAUGCUGCCAUCAGAAUUUCUGUCAUCCUUAUUGCUUCCGUCGCAACAUGCGAGCCACAGUGAGACUUAUGAAAUCAGUGCAAAAGAUUUAUGGUGAAAAAUUUGGUCCAGAAAUGAAUAGCACAAGUAACGAAGAAGGUUCAAGUGAAACGAGACGAGGUCGGAGAACAAGGAAGCCUUCGGAUCAUGCAAGCGACAGAAUCGACCGCUCAGUAAUAGAGAGUGCUGGGUUAGCGUAUCGAGCGGCGGGCGGAGAACACAACCUGCCUCACACGGAAGCGCCCCCUACCGCCGCGCCCGGGACUAUACCUUACCCACCACUGGAGCCGCCACCUAUACUCAAAUAUAUCAAAACUCAGGUUCGUGAAGCAUACCACGCGCCAUUAGCGACGUUAGUAAAGGGCGCCACCACGUUAUCUGAGGAGGUGUUCUCGGAAGCAGCUGGUGCCGCGUGGAGACUUCUUCUAGAACCAGACCGUGAGCUCAGUGCAUGUGCUGCGGCUUUGUUCGCGUUAGCCGCUGUUAGAGCCCCCGCCGCUCCACAACACCUUAUGCAAAGGGAUCUUAAACAUUCCGAUCCUGCUGUUAGAAUAAACGCAAUUCUACGUUUUCAAGUCAUGUGGAAAUUGCGAUAUCAAGUGUGGCCUCGAAUGGAGGAAGGUGCUUCUGUGACAUUCAAAGUACCGCCGCCUGGCAUCGAAUUCACUUUGCCUUCACCUAAAAUAGGUAUUGAAUCAUUAGCGGUCGUUGACCCCCCAUGGAGUCCGCAAGUUAAAGACAAGGAUAUGGAAAUGACUUUGAACCAAGAAAGACAUAGAUCUCUCGUAACGGCAACAAAAACUCGCAAGAAACAGCAAACAGAGGCUAUAAAGAAAGCGUUACAACAACGAGAUGAUAAGAAAAAAGCGGAAAGAGAGAGCUUUCUCAUUACGACUAUACCAAUCACAAGACAAGCAGCGCGGGAACCGGCUUUAGAUCACGCUGCUGAUGAUCAUAUUGAACCACCAGCUGAUGAGGAGAUAGCUGAAGGUGUUCGAGGUUCUCACCACACUCAGGUUGCGUCAGCUCUGUUUCCUUCAGUACUUUGCUCGGCUGUGGCGGAAAUUAUAGCGCUUUUAGAUGACGCGGCGGUUUCUAGGGAAGGAUGUUCUGUAUAUGAAGUCGCUUAUCAGGUUAUUUGGGGUUGUCUAGUUGAAGACUCGGCCUUAUUUCUCCGUCACGUCUUAGAACGACUCACGCGUGAUCAUCAAGACGAGAUGUUCAAACUUCUUCGGCAUUUAAUUCGUUUCAUACCGCGGUUACCUCAACAGGCGGCUUUCGCUCUAUAUAAUUAUAUAAUUGGAUACGUCAUGUUCUAUGUACGAACGCCUCAUGAAGAUGGACAAAGGCUUAUUGGGGCUGCCUUAUCAAUUCUAUGGAUGGUGGUACAUAGCGUCCACGGUAUAAUGUUCAAAGAUCUCAAACAAAUUCUUCGUAAAGAGCAAUGUGAUGCGUCCAUUUUGCUCACUGCCAAUGUUCCGGCCGCUAAGAAAAUUAUUGUACAUGGUCCAUCUGAUAACGAGGGUAGUAUACCAUCUCAGUUCCCAGUACAGGAAGAUACACAAUUCUGUCAAAUUUUAAGAGAAUCACUCGACUAUUUUGGUAUACCGGAAAAGAUGCAUGAGGAAUAUUUUCUAGUCGAUUUUAAAACACGUCAAAUACACAAUCCGUCAUCAUACGUUCGUGACCACUACUUCUUCAAGCGCUCCCAGUACCCUCAGCUGGGCCUGGUUCACAUGCAGCCUGAAGAAGCCUUCGAGAGGCUCCAGAGACAGGAACUACUUAUCAAAUUCGUCGAGAUAGGGAAGGUUCUACUGACUUGGGCCAUACUCAAAAAUGUUGAUAUGGUAGUUCAAAGGGUGGUGUUUCUUCACGACGAGCUGAUGAAGCUACCCUCGUUUCCUCGGAAGGCUCUAGAGGCCGACCUCACUCUAUACAGUCGUGGACCUCUCGGCUCGACGCUACUUGGCUUGGAUGUUCUACAUAAGUUCAUGUGGGUUCGUCUUAUUUCUCGUAUGUUUGAAGCUAUGGCUGGUAACUUCACCUCGUCUCGUGAUAUACAUCUGUUCCUGAACGUCCUAAAUGGCGCCUUGAUGCUUCACAGCGAGGACUGUCUCAUACUACGCUACGUUAUAGCCACAUAUGUUAACGCAGCGUUCAAUUUUAAGAAUAUAUUCUCAACUAAUGGAUAUCUCCUCAUAAUGCCAACGUUAUUGCAAAUAUAUUCAAACUUCCAAACUAACAAGUUAGUGACGACCACCAUUGAAUACGCCGUUAAGCAAUUCUAUUUGCUGAAUAGGAAACCGUUUAUAUUACAAAUGUUCGGUUCGGUAUCCGCUAUAUUAGACACUGAUGAAGAAGCUGCGUUCGGCGAUGCUAGCAAAGUCCAAUCCAGUUGUCUAUUCAACCUGCUACUAAGCCUGGAAACUCCAUCACCAGAUCCAUUGCACAUCGCAGAGCUCAUCAAAGAAGAGAAACCUCUCAAACCCAUUGAUUUCUGCUACAGGGAUGAAGAGGAAAUGGUCAAUGUAUUAGACUGCAUCAGCCUGUGUGUUAUGGUCGUGUCGUAUAGCGCUGAAAGUAUGCGGGGAUAUCAAAUGCUUAUAAUAUUGGAAGCGAUUCUUCCCUGUUAUGUGAAACAAAUACAACUACCCACAUAUAACAGAGAGGGGAAAACUGAAAAGGAAAUUAUACAACAACUUGCGAUAGCCAUAAAAACACUAGUAAAUAAUUGUGAAGGGCUAUCGAAGUCGUACAACGGUCCUUACCGCACGUCUCCGGAGCACAAAGGUUCGUCUCAGCGUGGUUGUCGCGGCCCCACGGCCUUUCUACCACUGGACGCUCUCGAUGACGAGUCUCACUCACGUUACGUCAGCGACCACUCGCGCCCGCCGCCCGCACCCGACUACGGCGCGGCCGAGGACUCCGAGUUAAUACGAGCGGAAUACCGUCGUCCCAGAGACGUGUUACUAUCUCUAGUGGGGGAAUUCAUCGGUACAGCCACAGCUCGUUUACUGGAACUGAACGGUUCCAAGGGUAGCGGCUCGGAAGGAAAACCUGUGGAAUUACUGGAUACUAAGUCACAUGCUGUAUGGAAUAGACUUGCGGAGAUAGCCCAUUCUCUACUGAAAGUAUCACCCUAUGACCCUGAAUCUAUGGGUUGUCGAGGUCUCCAGAGAUACAUGACCCUGGUACUACCAGCCGCGGACUGGUCCAACGACGCUAUCAGACCAGCACUCAUCACUAUCCUGAGAAGAUUGGAUAAAGUCUUUCUGAAAAUUGCCAAAAAACCAAGUAUAAGGCGAAACACAGACUGGGAUGCUGCGGCGGGCUUACUGAAGGGAGUGUACGAAACAAUGAUCAGAUGUCCUUACAUCAUGCAUCUGCCGCAAGUUAAAACACUAUUAAACACGGUUCAAUCACUAAUAGUAUCAGACAACAGUAGCGGUGAGAAUCUCUCUUCAGCAACAGCCGCUUUAAUGUCGCAGCCGCCGCCUUCACACUUCUGCAGCACAGUCGUUAGACUAAUAGCUCUACAAGUGGUUAAUGCUGGGGACAGCUAUUCCUUGGAGCAGAUGUGCGGUGGUAGCGCUAUAUUUCAAACGGCGGAGAAAACUGAGAACAUGCUCACUAAUCUGUUCAUGCCGUUGUGUUUACGUGUUGGAAGCGGAAGGAAGGAUGUUCCGCCGUUGCGUCAGUCGGACGUGUCGUACCUGGUGUCGGCGGUGGUGGGUGCGUUGUGUCCCCCGGCGCCGGCUGCCCAAGCCGCGGCCGCCAACGCUAAAUUAACGAUGGAUGCGCGCGCCAACUCGCUCACAUUCACCGGCAGCAGAGACACCAGGAAUACUACUAAGUUAUCCAAUCAUUUGUAUCGCGUCGCGUUUCUAGCCCUAAAGGUGCUGUGUGCUUGCUUCACAAGCGAGCUGUGUAGUGAGUGGGGUCGUAUAGCUCGUGCCAUGAGGGAGCUUGGCCGGCGGAACGAAGCUGCUCAGCAUUUGUGGGACUUCCUGGAACACGUGGUCACUUACCGCACACCGCUAUACGUGCUGCUACAACCGUUCAUUGUUCAUAAGCUAUCCCAGCCCCCUAUCGGUGACCACGAGCGUCACAUGCAAUUCAUGGUACGUGAGCGAGUGAGAGGCCUCAAACUACCCGAGGCCCGGGCCCGCGGAGCACUACUGGCUGAACUAACCAAGGAGCUCAAACAACUGAGAGACGAACGGGAUAACUAUAAAGAGAACAUAGGUCACGGUGGUGGUAAGCGCGCCUCAGAAGCAGUUCCUCGCGGUGACAAGUCUCAGCAGCACAGACCCUCGCUGAUAUCGAUGCUGGUGGGCCGAGCGCCGGCACCGCGUACACCCGACCACCCAGCACCACUCGCCGCACAGAGAGAAUCUCUAUCAAGUAGUUCUACAAUGAGUCAGCCGGUGUAUGAGGUGCCGUCUAUGAACAACAGCGGUCGUCUCAGCGACAAUGGAACUAAUAUCGCUAACAACGCAUACAUAGGUUCUACAACCAAUAGUCAUGGCGGUGACAGGCCUCCUGUGAACACUCCGCCUUAUUCGAAUAUACCACCGAAACUGCGUUUCGUUUCUUCAGUGGAAUUUAAAUUUACUACUGGUGAGACCUCAAUGACCCCUUUAUCCCCGGCGUCUGGCGAGUCUUGUUCGGAGGCGGCAGACGAUGACCGGCCGCGGUUACAACGAGCUCAUGGACCGUCAAAAAAGACGUUCAAGUUUAGAAGAAGCAGGAAAUCAGAGCCCUCCCCACAUUGCAUCCUUCGUAUGGAAUCUGACGAGUGUCCGUCGCCAUGUCGACCGGCCUUGUUACAACCAUCAGUACUCACUGACACUUCAUAUGACAGUGAGAUAUCACAGACAUCUUCUACAUCAGGAUACAGGGAGAGUUACAGCCUGCAAGCAUCUAUGUCGGAGUCUCCUGGCGGCUCGAUGUGUGGCUCGGCUCGAGGUUCGGUUCGAGCUCGGGACUCCGCCACGCCGCACGCAAGUCCCGACGCAUCUCUUAGUUGUGAUUCUGUGACUUCAUCUGCGGAGCGCACGGCCUUACUGGGCGCGGCCAGCCAACGGUCACUAUUGUUAAGCGGCGAAUUGAGAGACGAAGAUACUUUACUAUAA